UAAGACAGCCACACAACACAAAGAGCGAGGAGAAGAGGGAGAAGAGUGAAAGAAAGAAAGAAAAAUAAACAUAAGAAGCCGAAAAGGCAAAGGCCAAAGGAGAGAUGGAAAAUGCUGAGAAUGAAAUGGAAUUAUUAGGAUCACAGGAAUGAAUGGAACCCACUCUCUCUCUCUCUCUCUCUCUCUCUCUCUCUCUGCAGCUAGCUAGCUAGCUAGCUGCCUGCAAGCUUCGGGGCUUCCUCUGUUUCUGCUUCUUUCCGCGUCCCCCCAUUUUCAACGUUUUUUUUAGUUUUCUGAUUUGGGGUUCAUGAUUUAGUGCAACCCAUUUGGUUUUGAUUUUUUACUUUUCAUCUCUGGGAGGAUGAUUUUGAUAGGGAGGAAAAGGGUUGAGCCGGUGGUGGCGAUCGGUGCUGUAUUGGGUUUUUUAUAUUUGUUUGUUUGUUUCUUCGAUGGUUUCUCUCUCUAAAGCUGUCAGUUGCGUCUCCUGUGAUCUCCUUUUUCUGUGUCUACUGGCGCUUUUCUCUCUUUCCACCGUCUCCCCCCCCCCCCCCCCCCCCCCCUAUCUCUCUCUCUCACUGAACCUGUCAAUCAUUUCACACCUUUUUCUCUCCGGAUCUCUCUAUACAUUCCGUUGCUCUCGGGUUUUCUGGGACUGAUUCGUGCUCGAUCUGGUGGAGAGGUCUAGGUUUUUUUCUAGCUGCUGUGCUUUUGGCGUUCUUCCGAGCGAUCAGUUUUUUGAUUCGCUUAAGGAUUUUAGGCCAUUUGUGCGAUCUUUUUCCUUCUUUCUUUUGCAAUUGCUGUUGAUUUUGGGGUUUUCGCGUAAUUUGAUGUUGUUGGGUAUCUGGAUUUGCAUUCGCUCCAAGGAGGCUCUACUAGAAUAAAGAAGAGGGAGAAGGAAUUGGAAUUGUGUUUUCAGAAAGUAUCGAAUAAAGCAUCAAGGCAAAGAGCCUGCAGAUCUGCUUUGUUUAUAUAUUUUUUAGCCUUUGCAUAUCUUUGUGAUUCCCCGUUAAGGAAAAGGUUAUCUGUUGUGUGUGUUGCCCUGUGCUUCCACCCAUUUGGAUUUAGAGUAUAUCCAUUUGGAAAGUGCUUUUCCUUUUUAAGGGCGGAAGAUUUAGGAAUUGGAUUCCAGUGUUCUUCAUCGUCUAGCAGGAUUGUGUUAAUUGGGCAUUUGAUUGCAUAGCGAGUGAAAGAAGUGAAGGGUGAAAAAUUUCUGGAUCAAUCUGACAAUUGGACAACUGCAAAAUCAACGGGGUUCUUCCGACGGUGUUGCAACGGAUCCUUCUACGGGAAAUCGGGGGUGCAAUUGUUUGGCUGGUCUGGAUUGCAUAUUCAAUAUUAUCAGGGCCCUGAGGAUGGGGUCCUGCUUGUCCGCUGAAAGCAGGAGUCCUCGGCCCAGUUCCCCUCUGGGGAUUAGGAAGAGGAAGACCCCCAAGAAGAGGCCUGGCCCUCGAAAUUCUUCGUCUGACUAUAGGAAGGAAGAGCAGCUGCAUAGGAUUCCGGGGCGAAUGUUCUUGAAUGGGUCCAGCGAUGUUGCUUCACUCUUUACCCAGCAAGGCAAGAAGGGGACCAAUCAAGAUGCCAUGAUUGUUUGGGAGAAUUUUGGCUCAAGAACAGACACAGUCUUCUGUGGUGUUUUUGAUGGCCAUGGGCCCUACGGUCACAUGGUUGCAAAGAGGGUGAGAGAUUCCCUACCUUUGAAAUUGAGUUCGCAAUGGGACAACAUAAAGAACGAUGAAGUUCUCAGAGAGAUCAGCCCUAACACCACCGGAAGCAUUAAUUCUGAAGGGACUUCCCUUGUAUCUGCUGAUGAGGAAUCCAGGUCCUCCAUUGAUGUUGAAGAAACAGAAAAACAGCCAGAGAUCUUUCAAACAUUGAAGGAGUCCUUUCUAAAAGCAUUCAAAAUCAUGGACAGGGAACUAAAAAUGUUUGCACAUUUUGACUGCUUUUGCAGUGGGACAACAGCAGUAACACUGGUGAAACAGGGUCAGUAUCUUGUGCUUGGAAAUGUUGGGGACUCAAGGGCUGUACUGGGCACAAGAGAUAAAAAUGGUUAUCUUGUUCCGGUUCAGUUAACCGUGGACCUCAAACCAAAUCUUCCUGCGGAAGCAGAGAGGAUCAGAAAAUAUAGAGGACGAGUUUUUGCUCUCAAAGAUGAGCCUGAAGUUGCACGGGUUUGGCUGCCAAACAAUGAUUCGCCUGGACUUGCUAUGGCCCGAGCUUUUGGAGACUUUUGCCUCAAGGAUUAUGGUCUAAUCUCUGUGCCUGAAAUUUCUCAUAGAUAUCUAACUGAGAAGGAUGAGUUUGUCGUCUUGGCAACAGAUGGGAUUUGGGAUGUUCUUUCAAAUGAAGAAGUGGUAGAGAUUGUAGCUUCUGCCCCAGCACGUUCCUCUGCUGCACGAGCCCUUGUCGAGUCUGCAGUCCGAGCAUGGAGGUUCAAGUACCCUACUUCCAAAGUUGAUGAUUGUGCUGUGGUUUGCCUCUACCUUGAUGCAGGCUCAAACAAUUUAAGUACUGCUUUCAAUAUGUUUCCCAAAGAAAAUAUUUCAUCAAUGGAGCAAGGCAACUUUAACAGCAUGAAAGAUGAUCCUUCCACCCCAGUAGGUAUUGAUGGCCGUGGAACCGUUCAAAGUGGCGAGGGAGUUCUUCUUGAAGAAAACAAAGAGCAAGUGGAAGAUAUGCAAAUGGACUCGGAGAUAGAUUGGUCUGCACUGGAAGGUGUGUCUCGUGUAAACACACUAUUGACUUUGCCGAGGUACAUCCCUGGUAAAGAAGAGAUUGCUUCCUCAGAGACAAAAGCUCGGAAGCGCUGAAGUUAUGGUGUAGUUACUUGGGAAUUGAUUUUCUUGAUUAAAUUUUCAAGUUCCUCUCUCACUGGCUCCUCAGUCUGGUUAUUUUCUAUGUUUUAUUUUGCUUUUUUUUUUUCUUUUUUUUUUUUAAUGAUCUUGAAUUUGUAAAAGGAAUUAAAUCUUUUGACCAUUUGAUGUUUUCAGGACUAGGAGUGGUGAGCCCAGCUAUAUUAGUGUCUGGGAAAUGAUCCUUUCUCUUCUGCGAGUAAAAUUGGAAUUUUGUAGUAAUAUCUGUUUUAAACUAUUGCUUAAAUUGAGUGAUUUUGUUGGUUAUUAUUUA